GUGUUGUGUUGCUAUUUGGCGGCUCGAAACCCCAAUAAAAAGCACAUUUUGUCGGUGUCCAAGUGGAAAGUUUUCAGCAUCAUUUCUGCUUGGAUUUUAGCGCGAUCAAGAUCUUGUAUCUUUUUUGUUUGAACAGAUUUUCAUGAUUAGAAUUAUUUUCGUAUUAAUCGAAAGGCCAAUUGUCGAUUGCGGUGUGUUUACUCUUUAUUAUAUGGAAAAUUUCAUCUACAAUUCAGUUUAGCCGUUGCACUGUUUAAAAGGAAAGUGUGCAGUGAAAUGUGGAAAGUCAUCUUAGAUCCGCGCGAUCGGGACUGAGUUAUACAUCGUUCAGAUACGGAUAUUCAUGAUGCGUUUGUGCUUGUGAGUUGUGUGAAGUGGGGGAAGUGCGGAACUAAUUUAUAAAGUCCUUAAUUAGAGGCGCGACUUCAAUCUAAAGUGUCCUCGUCCGCCACAUCUUUUCGCUAGGGACACUGAAAUCUCCAUAAGUAACAAUGCAGAAAGCGACGCCCAAACCAAUUAGUUAAAAUAUUUCUGAGUACGCUUGGGACGUUCUAAAUAAUGUGCACCGUGAAGUUCUACCACUUUUGUUAAUAAUAUUUCGCCAAGACGCUUUUCUCUGUAAAAUGUCCUCCUCGCUGAAAACUUAAUUUGUUGAUUUUCCAUUUAUUUGUUUCGAUAUUCUGUUGUGUGAUGUUGUUUUUUCUCAGAAUUUUUAAAUAGAAUUUAGAGUAGUGUUUGUUUUGUGUGAUUUGUGUGAAAAUCCGGGAAUAAUCAUGAGCGGCCUUAGGAGUCAACUAAAGAUGCUAGGAUCAGCCUUGCUUGGGAAACGAUCCAAUAAACCUGUCAAAAAGAAAGCAUUUACAGAGGAAGAACUGAGAGAUUUUGGACAAAACAGUAAAGAUGGAUUUAGCACCAUGAAUUCAUCGAGCGGCAUCAAUCUAAUGUCGCCCUCGGCAGAAAGACCCCAAGUCUCCGAGGAAUACAUGAAAACUGACUUACGGACAGCAUUUGAUCUGCUGGACAGAAAUCGCGAUGGUCGAGUCACUGCAAAUGAAUUACAGUUUAUGUUAAAAAAUUUAGGAAUAAAUGUUCGAGAUGAAUUAAUCGACGAUCUAAUAAAGGAUGCCAGUCACACAGGUAAUGGGCUAAUAAACGAGGCGGAAUUCCUCCAGUGGGUGGGACGAAUCCAGGCGCUGCGAGAAGAACCGGAGAGUACGGGCAAGCCUGAUGAAGAUGAUGAUGUUACACAAGACUUAAUAGCGGCAUUCAGAGUGUUUGACCGCGAUGGAAACGGUUUCAUCUCGCGGGACGAGUUGCAAACAGCAAUGGAAAUGAUUGGUGAAAGUCUAACAGAGACACAACUUACAGAACUGUUGACAAUAGCUGACCUAGACAAGGAUGGACGAAUUAAUUAUGAAGAAUUUACCAGACUGCUCCUGUAAAGUUGUAUAUGAAGACAUCGAUACAUAACUGCAAAGAAAAAAUACAAAACGUUAACAAAUAGCAUUAAAUUUUUAAGUCAAAAGUCAAACAAAACCAAAAAAUGGAAAUACUUAUUUAUUAUAAUAAUUAUUAAUAAAUUUCAUACUAGUUAAAAUUAUUUACUGCUAAAUGGUAAAUAAUAAUUAUAAGAUGAGAAAAAAAAAUCAACUUAAUAAUAUUAAAUAUUUAAUAGUUUUACAAAAACAAAAAAGCACUAGAUAAGGCUGAGAGAGUGAUAAUACAUAGAACAUACUACAUAAACUAUUUUGUUGGUGGUGCUGAAUUUUGUCUACCAUGAAUUGUUCUUAUUUCCCUUAGUCAAUUUGCUUUUAUAUUUUCAUUUAUUAGAAACGAUCUUUUAUUUUGUUGUUAGAUGAAAAAUAGAAUUCAGAAAAAGCGUAGAAAUAUGAGAAUACGGUGUUUUUGUAUGGAUAAAAUUUAUGCGAUUGUGCAAUUGUUUUUAUCUUUUUUUCUUUGAUAAAAGAAAGAAUAUAUUAAAUUAUUUACGAUUGUAAUGAAAUACAAUGAAAUGAAUAAAUAAAAACAAAGAAGAUAAAUCUUU